UCACUGCGGGCGCAUGCGCUCGUGCAGUGUCUGUGAGACUUGUCCCUAGUGUGCUCGCGCUGCGUGUGGAACGAAAUAUCACGGUGGUAGUAGCGAGCGUAAAACCUAACCAAACAACAUGGCCUUCCAACAAAGUGGAACCUAAAGGAAAUAACAACAAAGAAGCAAUAACGCAUGUAACGCCAGCUUAGCUUUUUAUAUGCUUGCUUUUCCUCUUAGAUGGUAUCCAGCGAGCCGUCUCUACCAGUGGAAGACGACUACUUCGCGAAUAAUAUGAAGGAGAUGAUUGGAGGCUGCUGCGUUUGCUCAGAUGAGAGAGGCUGGGCUGAAAAUCCACUGGUUUACUGUGACGGGCAUGGUUGUAAUGUCGCUGUUCAUCAAGCAUGCUAUGGUAUUGUCCAAGUCCCUACUGGUCCCUGGUUUUGUCGAAAAUGUGAAUCCCAGGAACGGGCGGCUCGUGUGCUUAAGGGAUGGAAGGGAAGAAAGCCCAGUCAGCAGGCCCUCGAUGGAGGACGACGAGCCAGCACCCAACACAAAGCUGAGGAAGACGAGAGACUGGCCAAAAGUUUAAAAACUAUGAAUACAUGGAGGUGUGAACUGUGUCCCCACAAAGAUGGUGCGCUCAAGAGGACAGACAAUGGAGGGUGGGCCCAUGUUGUGUGCGCGCUCUACAUCCCCGAGGUGGAGUUCGCCAACGUGUCCACAAUGGAGCCCAUCGUUCUGCAGUCUGUUCCACACGAGCGCUAUAACAAGACGUGCUACAUCUGUGAGGAGCAAGGCCGAGAGAGCAAAGCCGCCUCUGGAGCCUGCAUGACUUGCAACAAACAUGGCUGCAGGCAGGCCUUCCACGUCACGUGUGCUCAGUUUGCUGGACUGCUGUGUGAAGAACAAGGCUCAGAUGCUGACAAUGUGAAAUACUGCGGUUACUGCAAGUACCAUUACAGCAAACUGAGAAGGAGCAAAGGCCGCGGUAGUAGGGCUCAAAGCUUAAGCGAUUCUUCCUCUCACUCUUUGGAUAAACAUCAUGACAAGGACAAGAAGAAGCACAAAGACAGGGACCGACACAAACCCAAGCACCGGAAGGCUUCGGAGCCCUCGUCUGCGCUCGUCCCUCCGUUGAUGGUCACCUCUGAGAAGGCUUACAGCAGCAGCAGCGUAACGGCAGCACCCAGCUCACAGAAGCGUCUGGACGAUGGUGCGGGACGUUUCACCAAUGCCAACUUCCAGGAGGUGCCCACCCACCCUGGGGCCGGCGCCAAGGAAGGGGGGUCGACGGAGGGCAAGGGGCUUGAGGGCAAGAGCAAAAGGGCGGGAAGCCAUGGCUCGGGCCAACGGGGGCGCAAGUCGAUGCCUGGGAAACCAGCUCUCUCCGUGGUGGUGUCCACAGCGACCUCCGUCACGGUCUCCUCCUCCUCCUCCUCUUCGUCCUCCAGCAGUCCCUUCCAGCAAGGCCUUCUUUUGGGAAGCAGCACGAAACCGUCCUCGGGUGGCUCCGUUAGCCAGCCCACGCAAGACUUCCAGAGCUUCUCCGAGCCGAGCCUGCGCAGCGACCCCCUGUUCGGACGCGGGCUCCCCAAGCUGGGAGGGGAGGGUGGCUCCACGGAGGGCGUGGUCACUCUGAGCACUUUCGGGUCUCUGAUGUCCCUCGCGCCCAGCUCGGCCUCGCCGGGCGCCAAGCACUUCGAGAACUCUCACCUGCCGGGCGAGCUGGGGGGCCUGGCCCCGGCGGCGUACAAGCGGCCCCAGGCCUCCGGGACGGGUUCAGGGGCUGAAGAGGCCACCAAGGGGAAGAAGCGGCGCUGCAACUGGAGGAACCGGUAUGGGCCGUGCCGACCCCGAGAGCUCCCGGAGCUGCCGGGCCACCCGGCCCCGGCCCCGCCCCCCUCAUCUUCCCCUUCCUCCUGCAUGAGCCUGAUGCCCCCCGGCCGAGCCAACCCCGCCAACAGCAGCAGCGGGAUCCAGAAGUCCCCGUCUCUCCUCAGGAACGGAGGUCUACAGAGCCUCAGCGUCAGCUCUUCCCCUCUUGGUCCAGGUGUGUUCCCCAGCAGUGACCCGCUGGUGCCGUUGAUGAGCGCAGUUAGCGGCCCAAACGCCCCUCUGUCCAGCACGGAGAUACCUCAACAGCUUCCCGUCGUCCCGUCUCUGCCCAGCACGCCCCUGCUGCCCCCCCUGCCCCACUCCAUCUCUGCUGGGCCCCUCAGUAGCACCGCCUGCACCUACUCCAAUGCUUUGCCCGGAUCUUCCUUCAACUUGGCCCCCUCCCACAUGUUCGGGAACCGGCUGAACCCCAACUCCGCCAUGGCCGCCAUGAUGGCUCAGUCGGAGAGUGCUUCCACAGAUCAGGAGCUGGGAGACAAUGCGCACGGCUUCCCUGGACGGGGCGCUUCACCAAAGGCAAACCUCUCCCCCCGCUCCCCGGUUGGCGGCCUGCAGAUCCGGUACGACCCCCCCGGCCCACCCGGCCCGCUCCUCCCCAGCUCGGGGGUCGGUGACGGAGGAUCGCUGCCCCCGGUGGCCACCAGCAUAGAGCAGCUGCUGGAGAGGCAGUGGAAUGAGGGCCAGCAGUUCCUCCUCCAGCAGGGGACGCAAGGAGACGUCCUCAGCAUGCUAAAGUCUCUGCACCAGCUGCAAGUGGAGAAUCAGCGUCUGGAGGAGCAGAUAAAGAACCUGACCAUGAAGAAAGAGCGCCUGCAGCUGCUCAGCGACCAGCUCUCUGUGCCUUUUCCCCCCGCCAGCAGUAUGGCCACCGCUUCCUCUCCGGAGCUCCACCCCUCCAACACACCCACAGAUGGAAUUAAUAGCUGCAAGAGUUUUCACCUGGGCAGCAGUUUUUUACCUGAUUCCUCUUUCAACUUAACCACUCAGGACACCUCCUGCGGCCACAGCAGCAGCAGCUCCUCUCUCUCCACCCCUCCCUCGGUGGCUCACAGCCCCCCCCAGCCCCCCAGCCAGGUGCAGCAGGUGAACGGCAUGGGGGUGGCGGGCGGGGCCGCCGCGGCCUCCCUCCCCGGCAUGGCCGGGGUCACAGGGCUGAUGGGGGCCCUCCAGGGGGGCCCACUGGCCAUGAGCGGCAUCGUGAGGGCCCUGAACGGCGUCAUCCAGACCCCGCCCGGCCUGGCCCAGAACAGCAGCCCUCUCUCGCACCCGGCCGCCGUGCCCAACGCGUCUCUGUCCAUCCCCAGCAGCCUUAACAACAGCACUACAUCUGCAAAGACCAGUGUGGCGCGUCUGGGCCUGCUCUCGGAGCAGCAGCGGCAGAUCCUCCUGCACCAGCACCAGCUCCAACAGCUCUUCACCUCGCCACAGCCCACGCCGGAGCAGCAGCAGCAGGCCCUGCUCUACCAGCUCAUGCAGCAGCAGCACCAGCAGCAGCACGACCUGCAGCAGCUGCAGCAGUUCUCCUCCUCGCAGCUCCCCAUCAACAGCCUGCUCCCAGCCGCGCAGGGCGCCAUCGCGUCCAACCCCUUCCUGGCCAUGCACGCGGACGCCGCCUCCGCCCAGAAGAGCACGCGGCUGGUGGAGAAGGCGGGGUCGUCGGGGGGCCAGGAGAAGAGCUGACGGAAACGGGACCGCCUCUUUUUUUAAGGAUCGCACUUCCUCCCCCAACCCUCUCAGGGGCCAACCAUCUCAGAACAAAGAGCAGCACAGCGCACUAGGCAAAUGUUCACAAAAAACAUCACUUAUGUUGCACUAACUGUAAAUUAAAAUUAAUUGCUUCCAUGAACAUAAAUGAUUCAGGGACUCCACAUCUUUUAAGAGGAAAGCUCUUAUAAGUGGGUUCAUAUAUAUGUGUGUGUAUGAUACUCACAUGAACAGCGCUGUGGAAGAAAGUGCACUGGGAACCUGGUGACUGAUAUCGAGGGAAGGGGGCAACUGCGGACCCUUCUGUUUCUAGAACUGGGUUCAGCAACUUUCGGUCCUCGAGGGCCGAGAACCUGCUGGUUUUUCUCCCUUCCCUUUAUCUGGGUGUUGUGUGUGAAGGCCAAUCAGUAGUGCUCUCAAUGUUGAUGAUCCCUGUUCUAGAACUUUCCGGUUUUAUUUACUAUGAGUGUUUGAGUUGCUUCAGGCAAAAGUGGUAGCUGAAAUGAGCUGACCGCAGCCAGUGCGGUUUGCAGGCCACAUACGCGUUCGCGUUUGUCGCCCUUCCAGACGAGGCACAGCCCAGAGUUCCCGUGCAUACAGUGCAUUUCUUCAUUUUGAGUCCCACUUUUCUAUCCUAGGACCAACGAAUGAGUCCCAGCCCAAGUGCCUGUUGUGUCCGUGGCCUGUGAGGCUCAGGAUAAUGCAGUGCACUCCUCUUCCUGAGCUCUGUCCCUUUACUCCACAUUCACAUCAAUAUCUGUAACUCAGGCAAUGUCAUCAAAAAGCGCCGUCUAAAAACCACACUGAGAAGCUGUUCGACCUUCAGUAUUGUGCUGCAUCGAGAGAGAGAGAGAAAAAACUGAAGCCAACUGUACAUAUUUUUUUUAUUUAUUUGCAUUUUUGUGCAACGGGCAGAAGAUAAUAUAUUUGAAGUGCCCAAUUCUUUUGUGUAUAAUAUUGUUACUGUACAAAGUGUUCUCAAAAGUCAAGCUUAGAAGAUCUUGUAUUUUAUUGUAUACAUUUUAAAUGACAAAAUAUAUUUGCUGGAUUUGAAGGCUAAAACUA